AUGCCGCCCAAGGGUAGGAAAGCGCCCAAGACCGAUGUCGACAAGAUGAGGGACCAGAUCACCGACUUCAGCGAGCAGAAUACCCUCUCGAAGAUCCAGGAGCGCAUCGAGGCCCAUCCGGAGUACAUCCCGAAGGCGCUGGAAGUCGUCCAGAUGCUUGAGUCGACAAACAAAUACAGCAAGCUCGAGUCGGGAUAUGUCAAAGACCUUUUGGGCUCGCUGUACGGUCCAGAGUGGGCCCAGUGGUUGUCUGGUGUGCGCUGCAGCAAGAAGGAGCUGAACUGCCUGUUCAAACUCCUGAGUGGCAUAGCUCCGGAAAGUGCACUCCCUGGACGAGGCAAGGCCAGCAUCCUUGCAGAGGUGAUGAUCGGCCCGCCGUGGCAGUCGAUCAUCGUCGAGAAGGGCGUUCCCUCUGCGAGCCAGUCGACCCUCCCGAUGGAGUUUUGGCAGUCGUACGGCUGGUGGGCGCUCUCCGAAGUCGACGAGUCGUAUUGGUGCCUUGGCCAUUUUUCCCAUGUGGCACACGUCACUUUGUUGGUGAUCACCCACAUCUCCGGGAAGAAGAAGAAGGUUCCUGCAGAGAUGCAGGUCUUCAACCUGGGCUUGAAGAAUCCUGGGGACUUGGAAAACUGCCAAGUCGGGGAAGGCCGCAUCUGGGUCAACGUGCUGAGUCUCUUCCAGGAGGACGAAGGCGACCAAGUCGACAUGCCCAAGGUUCGCAAAGAAAUGCCACGAGCGUGA